AUGGACAUGAUAUGUCGAAGAAUGAUGCUGCUGCAUGCAAGAUCAAGAGCUCAGGAGGCUGCUAUCCAAUGGCGGGGCGUAGAAGGUAAAAGACAUUUGAGGAGAUUUGGCACAACAAGCUUCCUGCGAGCCGCUAAGCCCUCAAAACCUCCUAUCAAGUCAUCCCAAAAGAAAAAGACAUUAGAUUACAGAACACCGACUCGCAGGCCCCAAACUUCCUCUCCUCCAAAACCAAAAUCCAACCCUCUCCGCCACCGUACAAUCCCCAUAAUCUUCGGCGGCGCUGCACUCUUCGCCUUCUCAGCUGGGAUAGCCUAUCUCGUAACAGCUGCAACCCGACUAGCUGAUAAUCCAGUCCCUACCUCUGCCUCAGCACAAGAAGAUGUCUCUUCCCGCUACGACAAGAUCGCGUCUAGCUUCGAUGACAGCGUCGACCUGACGGAAAGAUUGAUGGGCAUAACGUCUCUGCGGAAGAAACUUGCAUCCCUCGCACAUGGAGAUGUCCUUGAAGUCUCAAUUGGCACGGGGCGCAAUUUGUCAUAUUACGAUUGGAAUUUCAAAGGUCAUGGAGGUGUAGGGAAGCCUGACAGUAGGGGCAAUAUUAAGAAAGGAAAAGUGAGGGGUUUCACUGCCGUGGAUAAGAGUCCCGAGAUGCUGGAGGUUGCACAUGAGAAGUUCUCGAAGAUGUUUCCGGGGAUACUGGGGGUGCGGUGGGUUAUUGCUGAUGCGGCUGAGAAGGGAGCGAUACCUGGACCACCGAGAAAUGCGAAUGAGAGGGGUGGGAAUUUGGAAGGGAAAUACGACACUGUGAUUCAGACUAUGGGGCUUUGCUCUGUUGGGGAUCCGGUCGCGCUGUUGAAGAAUUUGGGGGAGUGCGUUAAAGAGGAGGAGGGGAGGAUAUUGCUGUUGGAGCAUGGGAGGGGGCGGUGGGAGUGGCUGAACAAAGUUUUGGAUAACUCGGCGGAGGGCCAUGCGAAGGAAUUCGGAUGUUGGUGGAAUAGAGAUUUGGGGAGCAUUGUUGAGGAGAGUGGUCUGGAGGUUGUCAAGAUUGAGCAGCCAAAGUGGUGGAGGCAUGGUGGAACGACUUGGUGGAUUGAGUUGAAGAAGCCGAAGACUGAAGCUGCAAAAGCACAGAAAUGA